AUGGCUCGCCCUCGAGAGAGCCUUCUGGACAUGUUCGACCCACUGGUCGGCAUGACAACGCCGUCCGGCUCCUCACCCUCUGCGCCGCGGGAGUCCGGGGAGCUCAGCUCGUCCGACAAGGAAAACGCAUCUCCGAUGACUUCGAGGGGCUCUAAGAGUGGCGCACUCACUAUGACCAAAUUCUUCGACCGGACAUAUUCGAAACAAAAGGCUCCACCGAAACCCUUGCCCAAGGGCGCACUCAUAGACUACGAUGUCUCCAUGAUGUCUGACGACUCUAUGGACGCUAGCACCGAAGGAGAUGAUGGGAAAUAUUUUGAUGAGGAAGAGGAUGGAGAGAAUGCUGGCGUGCAGCAGUCGCCUGUCGCCGUUACGCCUCGCCGCCGGGUCCUUGGCGAUAUCCGGCUCGACCAGGCUGCAACCACUCCUACUGGUUUGCUCGACGCCACUCCGUUGGGAUUCCGAGCGAUACCCGCCCCUGUCUUUGGUGCUUCAUCUCCCAGCCAGGCAGCUUCCAUGGCUACGGUCAAUUAUCGAUCGGACGCAGCCUCCCUACCAUCGUCCCCGGAGCCUCCGGCGACCCCACCUUCUAUCAACGUCUCGCCUCCUGACGUUGGCGUGUCGACACUAUCUCCUGCACAGCAAUCACACUCUUCUCCGGGCCUUACCCGCCGGCCGUCACUCGACCUACACACCUCAUUCAACAUGUCGAUGAACCUGCGCGACACUUCAUUUGACAUACUCAAUGAUCGCAUUUCAUUCGUCGGUUGCGACUCAAUGCUCAGCAAUGAGGACUUUGACGUAGAUCUUCAUGUACCGUCAUUUGCGGCGAACAAUGAAGAACCGCCUACCACCGAGGACGAGAGCGAUCGCGGUGGACUCGCCGAUGAAAGCGACAGUGCGAGCGAGGCCGACCUGCGCGGAUCGUUGUCAGAACGUCUCGCGGACGUACGGCUGGAUGAGGAUAGCGAGGACGAGGGAGAGAACGAGAAUGCAGCUUCUAGGGCGAACUUGGCAGCGCUCGCCACACCGAAGCCCCAGACAGUUAGCUCGGCACCGAAGGCGCCUCAUGUUAGCAAGCACUACACAGGACCGGUUCAGACACGCCUCGCCCCUGCCGUUCCGGAGGGACAUGCUCGCCUGCUGGCACGCGGACACAUCGUACCGCCUGCUGCCGCACCGGCACAGUCCACAACUUCUACUAGCACCAUCGAUGCCAACGCCACAACCGAUGUUCCUACUACGAAGCCCUCCGUGGCUGCACUGCGAGUAGUCAAGAAGCCACAAUUAGCACGUCGUGCCUCCCUCGCGCCUGCAAGUCGUGUUUCUCCCCCUGGAAGCUCGGCAACCUCCCGUUCCGGCACGCCAUCAGGACAAGAGACGCGUGCGCCUUCUCCCGCCACACGCGCACCUUCGGUUGCGGUUCGCCCGAGGGUUUUCGUCGCUCCUUCGCAGGCGCAAACGAAUGUAGCCGCAAACAAAGCUGCCGCUCCCGCGAGACCGAGGACUUCGGUGGCGCCUACGUCUUCUGCCGGCGUAAUGCGUCCUACGAAGGCAUCAUUGCUCAAGGGUUCGGCUGCGGCAAGAGUGCCUGCUGCCCGUCCAUCUGUGACAUCGUCAACUCUGGCAUCUUCGAAGCUUCAGCGCGCUCCGUCGACUACGGGGCCAGCGAGGGUACCGGUCAAGCCAACCACAUCCACCACGCAAGCUCUGAAGACCUCCGGUCUGCGUGCUCCUUCGCGCUUCGGCGCACCCACGGCGUCCUCGGCUGCUAGGAAGCCUGCUGCAUCUAGCACUGCUCCCGCGGCACCUGUACGCGACGUCGCGAAGAUUCUUCGCGGUCCGGCCCCGAAGCGUGCUUGA